CCGCCCCCUCCCUCGGCCUUGCCCUCCUGGGCUUCCACUCAGCUCCCCCGCACUCCACCCCGCCCCCCGGAGUCGUUUUAUCAGGGGCGCCGCCGCCGUCUCACCUGGUAUUUGCAUCUCGCCCUCCAACUUGCCAUUGGCGGCGCGACGUGUGGGAGAGCCCUGCGCCUCGCCCGCCCGGACCAGCCUGCCCCGGCGCCGAGGUCGCUCCUGCGGUUGGCCCAGCCCAGCAUGCAGCCUUGAACCUGGCUUAGGCCACCACCUACUCCAGCUCUCUACACCCCCUAUUUUACUGUGGCUCGGGGUGUAGGCUCUAAGCUCCAAGGUACCUGAGCAGCAUCUCUUCCUCAAGAAAACCCCGCAGCUCCAGAGGGCCCUGCAAAUCCUGCUGUCAGCUCUCUGAGAAGACAGCAUGGCUAUUACCCUGCAGCCCAGUGACCUGAUCUUUGAGUUUGCAAGCAACGGGAUGGAUGAUAUCCACCAGCUGGAAGACCCCUCGGUGUUCCCAGCGGUGAUCGUGGAGCAGGUACCCUACCCCGAAUUACUGCAUCUGUACUCAGGACUAGAGCUGGACGAUGUUCACAAUGGCAUCAUAGCCGAUGGGACCUUGUGUAUGACGCAGGAUCAGAUCCUGGAAGGCAGUUUUUUGUUGGCAGAUGACAAUGAGGCAACCUCUCAAACCAUGUCAACCACUGAAGUCUUGCUCAAUGUCGAGUCUCCCAACAACAUCCUGGAUGAGAAGCAGAUCUUCAGCCCCUCCGAAAUGCUUCCAGACUCAGACCCUGCUCCAGCCGCCACUCUGCCCAACUACGUGUUUCCUGUCUCUGAGCCCGAUGCCCUGAACAGGGCGGGUGACACUGGUGACCAGGAGGGGCACUGUCUGGAGGAGAAGGUCCCCAGAGAGGAAAGUGCUAAGAAGACUGGAAAAUCAAAGAAGAGAAUCCGGAAGACAAAGGGCAACCGCAGUACCUCACCUGUCACUGACCCCAGCAUCCCCAUAAGGAAGAAAUCCAAGGAUGGCAAAGGCAGCACCAUCUAUCUGUGGGAGUUCCUCCUCGCACUUCUGCAGGACAGGAACACCUGCCCCAAGUACAUCAAGUGGACCCAGCGAGAAAAAGGCAUCUUCAAGCUGGUGGACUCCAAGGCGGUGUCUAAGCUGUGGGGGAAGCAGAAGAACAAGCCUGACAUGAACUAUGAGACAAUGGGGCGGGCACUAAGAUAUUACUACCAAAGAGGCAUCCUUGCCAAAGUGGAAGGGCAGCGGCUGGUGUACCAGUUUAAGGAGAUGCCCAAGGACCUGGUGGUGAUUGAAGAUGAGGACGAGAGAAGUGAAGUCACAGCCACAUCCCCUCAGGCCUCCACUCCCUCAACCUCCUCCACCAGCACCACCCGGCGAGCCAGCUCCAGGGUCUCGUCCAGAGCCGCCCCCCAGGGCAAGGGCAGCCCUUCUUGGGAAAAGCCAAAGGUUCAGCACGUUGGUCUACAGCCAUCUGCGAGUCUAGAAUUGGGACUGUCUCUAGAUGAGGAGACCCCCACUACCUCCACCGUGCUUGUCUCUCCAGCAGAGAGCCAGGCCAAACUCACCAAAGCCGUGAGUACUUCUGUGCCCAGCAACAUCCACCUCGGAGUGGCCCCUGUGGGGUCAGGCUCCGCCUUGACCCUGCAGACAAUCCCGCUGACCACAGUGCUGACCAACGGGCCUCCCGCCAGUACUACUGCUUCAACUCAGCUCGUUCUCCAGAGUGUUCCGCCUGCUUCAACCUUCAAGGACACCUUCACUUUGCAGGCCUCCUUCCCCCUGAACACCACUUUCCAAGAGAGCCAGGUGGCAGCACCAGGGGCACCACUGAUUCUCAGUGGCCUCCCCCAACUUCUGGCCGGGGCCAACCGUCCAACCAAUUCAGCGCCACCCUCAGUCACAGGGGCUGGCCCAGCAGGGCCCAGCUCUCAGCCCCCCGGGACUGUCAUUGCUGCCUUCAUCAGGACUUCCGGCCCCACAGCAGCCCCUGGGGUCAAGGAGGGGCCGCUGAGGCCCUCCUCAUAUGUGCAGGGCAUGGUGACUGGGGCCCCCAUGGAGGGGCUGCUGGUUCCUGAAGAGACCCUGAGGGAGCUCCUGAGGGAUCAGGCUCACCUUCAGCCACUUCCAACCCAGGUGGUUUCAAGGGGUUCCCACAAUCCGAGCCUUCUGGGGAACCAGACUUUCUCUCCUCCCAGCCGCCCCACUGUUGGGCUGACCCCGGUGGCUGAACUUGAGCUCUCCUCAGGCCCAGGGUCCCUGUUUAUGGCUGAGCCUAAUGUGACCGCAUCUGGGAGCCUGCUGACCAGAUCCCCAACCCCAGCCCCCUUCUCCCCGUUCAACCCCACUUCCCUCAUUAAGAUGGAGCCCCAUGACAUAUAAACGGAGGGGUCGGGGGGAAGUGUGACCCACCAGGCAAAAUUGAGCAGCAUUUUGAUACGGACUUCCUCUAGCAGAGACUGACUUAAGUAGCACACCUGCCCUUACACUUCAGUGGGAUGGCAAUACACCGGACCCCCUAUCCCACACCCCUGCCUGGCAUCACUAUGGCCAAGCCACGCCGAGUUUGAGCAUCACUGGUGUCGGACCAUGGCCUUCAAGAGCACUAGGGGAUAUGCUCUUGUCCGGGUAAUGGGGUUGACUUGGUGAUGGAGGGGAAACCUCCUGAAAAGUUUGUGACCAGGGCUGGUGCAGGGGCUUCAUGAGAAGAGUCUUUUCGCCUGCCUGUAUUUCACCAUCUCCGUUCCCACCACAGGGAAUUUACUACCCCAUAUGUGAAUAUCUCUGUAUGUAUUUGUGUGUA